AUGUCGGCGGCUUCGCCAUCGGCCCAGAAGGCACCCUCCACCGAGCCUACGGUUCCUUUGUCAGAAAAGCAAGCAGCUCGCCCUAGCUUCAGCGUACCUGACGCAGUAGACUAUCCACCUGCUCCAAGCGAAACUAAUCGAUACCGGAUCUUGGUCCACGAUCCAGCCACUGGGACCAUCUCAACCGCCGAUGCCACAUCGGUAGCCGCGGACCAUAAUGAGGUCCUCACGCCUAGUCAAAUCAUGCCACGAUUAGCCAACCCCGCCAAGUUCCUACCUCAUUUCGACGUGCUUCAAUCGCAAGGGUACGAAGCGGUUUCGGGGAGCGGGGAUGUGCUAGUGUUCAGAAAAGUCCGAGAGCCUACCGAACCUGGUACGGUGUUUCUGCGGAGAACUGCUGCCGGGUCGGCCUCAGCCUCGGCUCAUCUCGCGGGUUCGGGGACGGCGUCCCAAGCGCCGGCCAUCAACCCGAUCGAUAUGAUGGGCAGCGAGUCCGUCACUCCCGCCAUUGGGAACUUCACGAGCCCCACGGGAUACGUGAGCUAUGACCACGAUCUCUCUUUCGGAGGAGGCGAAUCAGGCUUCGUUGUGAAGCCGCCUCCACCAUUCCGAAAAUACAACUCAAUUGCCGCAGCUUCAGACGCCGAUACAGAGUACGAUCGAAAGGACAAGGCUAGCGAUAAAUCCUCCCCGUACUGUGGCGCAUGA